AUGCAUCAUUUAUUAGGACUACCCACCGAGGUUAUUCUGUGGGUUUUCGAGAGCUUCGAUAGUCUCAGAGACGCGCUUCACCUGUCUCAAUGUUGCAAAGAUUUAAACAAGCUAUUCAACCACCAAAGGUAUCAGGCAAAGAUAUUAGAAUCAAUUGUGAUAGGUGACAAAUUACCUCUUCCCAAAAGCCCUGACGCCAAUUGGCUUGAAGUCCACUUUGGGGCCGGCUCUCUCUGGAGGCCCACUGAAUCGGAGCUCCCUGUCAGGCUCACAGAUCCAGACACGCGAAAAUUUCUCACAACCGUUGGGUUUCCAUUAGUCCAGUGUACUGGUAUUGAUUGGGAGUCGAACGGAUUGAAGACGAGUGUAGAUGCCGGUGUUGAGCUAUACGAAUACGAUGCCGAUGAAAUAUUUGGCCGUCGGUGGGCGGAUGACGAUUCUCCGCCAGUCAACUUCUGUUAUAACUUCGGCUGUAUUGGCGGCAAUGCCAUGGCAAUGGUGAAUGCCGAGGAUGGUAGUAUCACUCACUAUGACCUAGGGGGUUACGAUGAACGAGCCGAUAGAGGUUGGAUUGCAAGUUCCAUGCCUUCGCUGUUGGUGCUCUUAGGGACGAUGGAGAUGGUCAUAAAUCGAAUAGGGGAGGUGCAGCAAGAGUUGAGCGACGAAGCAUUUGAAAAUCUUCGAACGACAACGUUUUGUCAAGUACGCGAGAUAAUGGCGGAUUAUGAUGACUGUGUUGAUGAUGGCUCCUACUUUUGGGACGCGUUAUUCGAAUAA